GCGUGGAUCCGAGGCUUGGGAAGUGUGGCAGCGGGAGGGGCCUUCGCGGCUGGAAGCGGCUUUCUGAGCUCAUGUGAAGGAAUCAUACCACCAGGCUUCCCCAGGGAGAAGUGGCUUUCCUGGGGUUGGAUUCCCAGCGAUAUUUGUAAGAAGAUGGAAUAUUGGGCAGUCAUAGGCAGUUGGAGAUGCUGACCUAAGAGGUUACCAGAAUAUUGAAUAAUACAAUACAGUAAGAAAAAAAAUGGAUGAAGAGCCUGAAAGAACUAAGCGAUGGGAAGGGGGCUAUGAAAGAACAUGGGAGAUUCUUAAAGAAGAUGAAUCAGGAUCACUUAAAGCUACAAUAGAAGACAUUCUCUUCAAAGCAAAGAGAAAAAGGGUAUUUGAGCACCAUGGACAAGUUCGACUUGGAAUGAUGCGCCAUCUUUAUGUGGUAGUAGAUGGAUCAAGAACAAUGGAAGACCAGGAUUUAAAGCCAAAUAGACUGACAUGUACUUUAAAGUUGUUGGAAUACUUCGUAGAGGAAUAUUUUGAUCAAAAUCCUAUUAGUCAGAUUGGAAUAAUUGUAACAAAGAGUAAAAGAGCUGAAAAACUGACUGAACUCUCAGGAAACCCAAGGAAACACAUAAUAUCUUUGAAGAAAGCUGUAGAUAUGACUUGCCAUGGAGAGCCUUCUCUUUAUAACUCCUUAAGCAUGGCUAUGCAGACUCUAAAACACAUGCCUGGACAUACAAGUAGAGAAGUCCUAAUCAUCUUUAGCAGUCUCACAACCUGUGAUCCAUCUAAUAUCUAUGAUCUAAUCAAGACCCUAAAGGCAGCUAAAAUUAGAGUGUCUGUUAUUGGAUUGUCUGCAGAGGUUCGGGUUUGCACUGUGCUUGCUCGUGAAACUGGUGGCACAUACCAUGUUAUUUUAGAUGAAAGCCAUUACAAAGAACUGCUGACACAUCAUGUUAGUCCUCCUCCUGCUAGCUCAAGCUCUGAAUGCUCACUUAUUCGUAUGGGAUUUCCUCAGCAUACCAUUGCUUCUCUAUCUGAUCAAGAUGCAAAACCCUCCUUCAGUAUGGCGCAUCUGGAUAGCAACACUGAGCCAGGACUUACAUUAGGAGGCUAUUUCUGCCCACAGUGUCGGGCAAAGUACUGUGAGCUUCCUGUUGAAUGUAAAAUCUGUGGUCUUACUUUGGUGUCUGCUCCCCACUUGGCUCGGUCUUACCAUCACUUAUUUCCUUUGGAUGCUUUUCAAGAUAUUCCCCUGGAAGAACAUAAUGGAGAAAGAUUUUGUUAUGCCUGUCAGGGGGAAUUGAAAGACCAACAUGUCUAUGUUUGCACUGUGUGCCAAAAUGUUUUUUGUGUGGACUGUGAUAUUUUUGUUCAUGACUCUCUCCAUUGUUGUCCUGGCUGUAUUCAUAAGAUUCCAGCUCCUUCAGCUGUUUGAUUCCAGCAUAUAAUACACAUUGAAUGUGUUAAAAAGACAUUUGUGACUGUAAAUAAAAUGAUUCUUUAGAAGAAACUCCAGUGAAGAACAGUUCGAAAGGAAAGUCUGAUCUAAGAAACCUAUUAGUUUAAAGCUUCCUCUGUAAUGAUUGGUAAAGUAUUUACUUAAUGGUGUAUAUCUAAUACCGCCAUUUUGGUGGUUUGUUAUCUGAGACUGGCUUACCUUUUAUAGUUCAGGUUAAUGAACUAUCCUUGUUAGCCUCCCUCAGGCUCAUACCCAGGGACUGUUUAACUUAAUCCCCCUCAACUUUCCUACCCUGGGUCAUCAGAAAAAUGUAGGUGAGAAUGUAUGAUGAAGUCCAUGUUUCAGGUUCAAUGAAGAUAUACUGUUAUAGGCAGGACUCUUUCUAGGGUAUACCCUUCUGAGAGUGAAUCAGGUUUCCAUAGCAAAGGUAUGUUUAUUUUAAAUCUAUGAACUUUAGUCACUCUAGAUUGAGUUUAACUAUGAUAUUCAUGAUUUUAUAAAUAACAAUUCUUAGUGAAGAAUGUUAUCAGUAAAGACAAUGUAAUCCCACCCUGGAGAGUCUAUUCAAUAAAUCUUGGAGGAAGCCCAGGAAUAUG